AUGUCAUACCACACGUCACAAAGUCAAGUCAGUAGCGGAUUAACGUUUCUCUUCUACUGUUUUAUCUUUUUAAAACAGAUGAAAGUCAAGGAGAGAGUUCGUGGUAUUGGUAAUCGUAGAAACUGUGUGGUAUUGUUAGCCAAGGAGAGAGAUCGUGGUGUUGGUAAUCGUAGAAACUGUGUGGUAUUGUUAACCAAGGGGAGAGUUCGUGGUGUUGGUAAUCGUAGAAACUGUGUGGUAUUGUUAGCCAAGGAGAGAGUUCGUGGUAUUGGUAAUCGUAGCAACUGCGUGGUACUGUUAGCCAAGGAGAGAGUUCGUGGUAUUGGUAAUCGUAGAAACUGUGUGGUAUUGUUAACCGUUUAUUAA